AUGGCCGGCCACGGUGGCUUGAUUAACGGCACAUGGGACGGUGUCGUGUCGCCGGAAAGCCGGCCGAAUCCAAACAUCCUCAAACUCAACCCAAUGCUUCAAUGGGAGGAGGCAGAAGAACCUCUUCAUGCGGGCAUAGACCCAGGUCCAAAUGGAAUCGGACCCGGAAUGCCCUUUGCCAAUUUAUUGUUGCAAAAAAUUCCAAAUUACGGGAUCAUCGGUUUGGUGCCUUGUGCCGUAUCGGGGACGAGCAUCAUAUUAUGGCAAAAAGGAACCAUUUUAUAUAACCAGUUGAUGGAUAGAGCCAUGGCUGCUUUGCAAAAUGGUGAUGGAAAUGGUAAUGAGAAUGUUAUUGAAGCCCUUCUUUGGUAUCAAGGAGAGAGCGACACUACAACCCUAAUAGAUGCCAAAGCAUACAAAGCUAGAUUGCAACAAUUUAUUAUGGACUUGAGAACAGAUCUCAACUUGCCUGACCUUUUGGUUCUUCAGGUUGCACUUGCAUCAGGACUAGGGAAAAUAUCAAAAUCUCAAUAUGUAGAAAGAGUGAGAGAAGCACAACUCAACAUAGAACUUCCAAAUGUAAAAUAUGUGGAUGCCAUGGGACUGCCUCUUCAACCUGAUAACAUACAUCUCACUACUUCCGCCCAAGUCCGCCUUGGCAACAUGCUUUCCCACGAGUUUACUGCUCACCAAAACUCGUUUGCGGACGUCUGA